CUGGACGUCACGUUUGGUUUAAUUUUCUGAUUUUGCUUAUUGGUAGGCCCGGUGACAUGUUACAUAGAUUUUUCUGAACCCGCUCUUUUUCUGAUGUACUUAAGUUAUUCACAAGUAGGUACAGAAAAUCUGAACAUUUCAUUUUUGAAAUGUUGUAGAAGAAUAUUCAGACGAUUAUUAUCAUUAUAGUGAGAAACGAUCCGGAAGUUUGGCAGAAGUGACAUUGACUGUGGUUAACCUUGUUGUGUCUGGUAUCAGAACAUGGACGAGACGUAAUCGGGGGUGACUUAAAGAUGGCUGACAAGGAAAUGUCUACAGAUGAGGUGACUAUCAUCAAGGAAGGCUGGUGUACCAAGGAGAGUGGACAGAAGACACUAGGCAGAUACAAUUGGAAAAAACGAUGGUUUCUUCUGACACAACAACGUGAUGUGAUUAACCUCUCGUAUUAUGAAAAUGAGAAGAAGCAACAUCUUACUGACAAAGAAUGCAUAUUAAAAGGCAGCAUAGAACUGACUAACGCAUAUAUAACAAAGUAUUUGUAUGAUGGCGAGAAAAAGAAAAAGUUUUGUUUUUCAUUGGGUCCUCUAGUUGAGGACGGGACAACCAGAACAUAUUAUAUCAGCUGUGAGAAUGAGAAGGAGAAGUUAGAAUGGAUGGAAGUUUUAAAUUCCACCAUAAGUGGCGCUCCUCCAUCCAAGACAGCCAAAAGGAGGAAAACUGUUAGAUAUAAAAUGAAGGCAAGACAGCCGAGUGUGACAUCACCUAAUGAUAUUGGUGUGGAAAGUAACAUGUAUCUUAAUCCACAGUGGAGGAAAAAGCGAUGGGAAGAAUUGGUUGGCAUAGCUACCCAAAGCAACACAAACUGGAAAAAGGUGGAUAUAAAAGACGGCAUUGUGGUUGCAAGAAUGCAGUUUGAAAUAGACAAGUGUGCAGUAGUUAAAGUUGAUGGAAUUGUAGAUGCUUCAUCAGACAUUGUUUACGAGUUUCUACAGAGGUCCACAGAGCCUGGAGGAAAUUUUGAUUUUCCAUUUCGUAAUGGGACUAUACUAGAUGAGUUGUGUCAUUACCCUUUGGAAAGCAUUGUCCAGUGUCGGUGUAAUAUUCCUCUGCCACAUACUGCAGCCAGGCACUGCUGUGUGCUCAAGGCAUGGCUUCCUAGUGAGUUCACAGCCACUGUUCUUGGCAAUGAAGCGGCUGGUUUGAUGAUGAUAUCUGUCAAACAUGAGAAAGCCAAGAUUCCAAAGAAUGAUCUCCUUUGUCAAGUUGACUUAUCAGGUAUCGUACUGCGACCGGCAUCUCUUGAUAUUGAAGGCAAUGAAAGAACACACAUGACAUUUGUUUUACAAAUUAACAUUCAAGGAGCAUUGCAUAACAUAAUGAAACAAGCAUAUAAAUCAAAACUUUUAGUCUUUGGAAUGAGAUCUGCAUAUCAACAUGUUUCUGAUCAGAUUCAGAAUUUUGUGAAAAUUUUGAAUAUUUGA